AUGAUUAAUGAAAUGCUUGAUGGAAAGAAGCAAGAGGACCUUGAAUUUGAGAAGAGUUUGAUAACAAGGUCUCUACUGUUGGAUUUUUCUGAGAAAUCAGAGGCGUCUGAUUCUUCUGGGUGUUCCUCUUCAAUGCAAGUACUAGAGAUAAAGAAGGACCUGAAGAAGUCAACGUACUAUGAAGAUGGAGAAGAAGUUGAAGCAGACGAUGGAGGGUUGGUUGAUGAGCUUUGUGAAGGGAUUUGCAAGAUCAAUGUGAACUGUGAGACAACAGUGACAAAAUUUACUGGUAAGCUCACACGGUUUGUGUACAAUAGCGAUGAUGAGCUUGAAGGAGAAGAAGAAUGUGGUGAUGGUGAAUCAGAAUCGACUGUUUCAAUGGGUAUAUUGCGCUUGAAGGGCUUGCCAACACCUGAAGGGAAGCACCUGCGUUUCCCGGAGGACUUGGAAGAAGAUUGA